CCUCCCCAAAUAGGAGUUGGAGUUGCACAUAGAAGUCCUCAAUUGGCACCCCAGUAGGAACAAAGAGACCCUUGUCCUUCGCUUUCUCUCUCUCCUAUUGCUCUAAUCUCUCCACCCCCUAUUUUCCAGCAACUAGGGUUUUUGCUCCACUUAUUUUACUGAGGAACUCUUACCCAUUUCCAUUUUUUCACGUAUCUUUCACUACAUAACUAUUAUUUUUACAUUUUCCACAACACAAGUUGAGACAAAAGAUUUGAGUCUUUCUUCUUGUAAACCAAAAAGAAAUUUCUGGAACUUUUUCAUUCUUGAAGUUGAGCUUGAAGAUUGAGUCUUUCUUCUUGUAAACCAAAAGAAAUUUGUGGGUUUUCCCACUUUUGAAAUUUGAGCUUAAAGAUUGAGUUUUCUUGUGUAAUCCAAAAGAAUUUCCUGGGUUUUGUUAAAUUCUUGAAAUUGAGCUUAAAGAUUGAGUCUUUCUUGAAAAGCAAAAAUUUUUCUGGUUUUUUUUUUUCAUCUUGAAAAGUUGAGCUUAAAGAUUGGGUCUUUCUUGUGUAAUCCAAAAGAAAUUUCUGGGUAUUUUUCCAUUCUUGUAGUUGAGCUUAAAGAUUGAGUCUUUCUUGUGUAGACCAAAAGAAAUUUCUGAGUUUUUUUCUUUCCAUACUUGAGAAAUUGAGCUUAAAGAUUUAGUCUUUCUUAUUUAAACCUAAAGAAAUUUCUUGGGUUUUUUCCGUUCUUGAAUAUUGAGCUUAAAGAUUCAAUCUUUCUUGUUAACCAAAAGAAAUUUCUGGGUGUUUUUCCAUUCUUGAUUAUCGAGCUUAUAGAUUGAGUCUUUAUUGUAAACCAAAAAGGAAUUUUUGAGUGUUAUCUAUUCUUGAAGUUGAGCUUAAAGAUUGGAUCUUUCUUGUAAACCAAAAAGGAAUUUGUGGGUUUUUUCCAUUCUUGAAGAGUGAGCUUUAAAGAUUGAUGGCUAAGACUAAACCUGGAAAGAAGGACCUCGACUCUUACAAUAUCAAGGGAACCAACAAAGUCGUUAGACCUGGUGAUUGUGUGUUGAUGAGACCAUCUGAUUCUGAUAAACCUCCAUAUGUGGCAAAAGUGGAGAAGCUAGAGGCUGACCACCGUAACAAUGUGAAGGUCCGAGUUAGAUGGUACUACCGGCCCGAGGAGUCUAUUGGUGGUCGCAGACAGUUCCAUGGGGCUAAAGAGCUGUUCUUGUCAGAUCACUUUGAUGUGCAGAGUGCACACACCAUUGAAGGGAAGUGCAUAGUGCACUCUUUUAAGAACUACACCAAACUGGAGAAUGUAGGCCCUGAGGAUUACUUUUGUAGGUUCGAGUACAAAGCUGCCACAGGGGGGUUUACUCCUGACCGUGUUGCUGUGUAUUGCAAGUGUGAAAUGCCCUACAACCCUGAUGAUCUCAUGGUUCAAUGUGAAGGAUGCAAAGACUGGUUCCAUCCCUCUUGUAUGGGUAUGACCAUUGAAGAAGCAAAGAAAUUAGAGCAUUUUUUGUGUUCUGACUGUUCCUCAGAAGAUGACACCAAACGCCCUUUGAACUCAUUUCAUGUUUCACCACCUGAUGAGCUAAAGGUGGACUCAAAGCGCAGGAAGAGAUAAACAACUGACCUUGAUGCAGUAUGAGGAGGUACUCAUUUUCUUGCAUAGUAGCUCUGCCAUUGUUGUAUACAACAACAAUAUACCCACUGAAAUGCCACAAGUGAGGUCUGUGGAGGUAGAGAGGCAUUGUUGUCUGUCUUAUCAAAUUGUAUAGUGCUGAGAGAGUAUUGUCCUUUUGCAAAAGCCAGAGACCCUUCAACCCUCCUCUAUGUACUGUGUAACUUGGCUGUUUAUAAAAGUUUGUGCACUAGACUGGUUGUCUACUGGAUGCAAUUUGUGUGGCUACAUGCAUGAGUAAUAACUCAAUAUUGCAGAGUCCAUCAAAAGAUGAAUUUUAACUGAUACAGUUGUUGGGAACAUUACAAAUCUAGAUGCCUGUUUCUAUGUUGAUUU